UCUCUCUCUCUCGCGGACAUUGCGCGCAAGAUGGAAGAGCGCCGUUCGAGAGCUUGUAAAUCGACGUUGUAGACGGUUUGAUUAAAGCCCGAGAAGGUGACGACGAUGCCGUGGUUGUGCCAUUAAAGCUACCGCAAUGUCAGCAGUGUCUGUCGGUGCGAACUGAAGACAAAAGCCGCAAACAAGAAGUAAACACGCCGUUUAGAUGGCUGUGGCGUGUGCGCCACGCGGAACCAACGCAAAAAGGGGCGUUGGAUGCGGCCGAGACAGUUUCGAGGUUGCACCGCGGUUUGUUUUGGUUUGCACAAGCUUCAGUGGAAGAUAAACAUUGGCGUAAAUCUUCAAUGAAUGAAACAAAAAUAGCAGAACUUAAAUAGUGUUUUAAAGUGAGAUGGAGGAUGACGACCUGCUGGCCUUCCGGGAGCAGUGGAGGAAGGAGCUGGAGAGAACGAAAGAGGUAAAGAAGGAGAGCAGUGACGGGCGGCCCGGCGUGUCCAGUGUUAAUGGAGGAAGAAGUGGCCGCAGCGGUGACGUUAGAGGGAAAGACGGUGAUGCCGGGGGCCUGAAAACCGCUGGAGAGCCCCAGUAUGUGUCCAUCGCUGCAGGCUUGCUGGACGGCAGGAGCAGCCCCCUGCUGGAGAGAAUAGCGGAGGAGAGGACACGGAGGAAACGGCGCUAUGAAGGAGGAGGAAAGGAGGAGCAGAAGUGCUCUGGUCCUCUUCAGAGGAGAAGAAGCACACUUAUAGACCAGCUAAUUCAGGAUUUGAAUGAGACCAAUGACAUCCCUUUCUUUGAUGUGGAGUUGCCGUAUGAAUUGGCUCUGAAGAUCUUCCAGUUCCUGAGCAAAGCAGAUCUGGGACGAUGUGCCCAGGUGAGUAAGUCUUGGAGGAUGUUAGCAGAGGAUGAAGUUCUGUGGUACCGAUUGUGCCUGGAGGAGGGGUAUCACAGCGGGGCAAGUGUCUCUGACUCCCCCUGCUGGAAGGGCACUCUCAGAGACUGCUGUAACACUGAGAAGACUGUAAAGUACAACUGGAAGAAUCGAGUUGGGUCAGUUAGCCACCUUCAGUAUGAAUUAGGAAAAGUGUUGUGUGAUGUGAGCUCCUGUGAUGGACUCGUCAUUGCUGGGUAUACCUCAGGUGAUAUUCGACUAUGGGACACUGUCCACUGGGACUCAGGUGCUUUGUACCUGAAAGCUGGCCACACCAUUAGAGAUGAUAUCCCACCACCUCAUGUCAGUUUUGUGCGAGUUUGUGAGACAGUGGCCUCUGCUGUCUACGAAAAUGGGUGUGUUGAUGUGUGGAGCACUGAGGCUGGUCUGGAGCCCAUCCAUCACUAUCAGCACCUCCAGCGGGUCCAUGCCCUAGACCUGAGCACUGAUGGACCAGUCUUAGCCACUGCAUCUGGGUUAGAGGUGCGAGUGGAUUCCCCUGAUGAUGGAGGAUACUGGAAAUCAAGGUGCAUCACCCAGCUAUCGAAACCUGUGGAUGGGGUAUUGGUGGUCCCAGGGAAGCGGGUGUUGCCGCUGGUUUUGGCGUGGGCUGGCGAGAGCGUUUCCAUGCUGGAUUCAAGUCGGAAUGAAGACGAGGAGGAGCAGAAUGAAGGAGCCAGACUGCUCCACUAUGUAUAUGGCCAGCCAGUCACUUGCCUGGAUGUGACUGCAUGCAGAGCAGCCCUGGGGGUGAAGAGCUGUGGCUGGGGCAUGAAUGACGGAGGGAACAAGGUGAAAGUGUACAGCCUGGAGACUCGUCAGCCGGAGCUGAGUUUGGGUAACUCGCCGGGGGACUUCACCUGCAUCAACCUGAGAGAUGCUCCCCCACACCUGCUGGUGUGUGGGAACAAAGACAGGAGGGUCAGGGUGUUUGACCUGCGCACCGGCACCUCUGUGGUUUCCCUCUAUGCUCAUCACUUGGGUGUGACCACAGUGCAGGCAGAUGAUUGGAAGAUUGUGAGUGGUGGCGGCGAGGGAUUGGUCAGCGUGUGGGAAAUGAGGAUGGGGGCAAAACUCUGGGAGAUGCACAACAGGCACCCCGUCCGCCACAUACGGUUUAACGCCAGCACCCUGGUGACAGCCAACAUCCCUGACGAGAAGAACCCACGCGGCGCCUGCAUCACAGACGACGACCUCACCGCACACCGCAGACACCGGGGGGUGAUCUGCUACUACGAUUUCUCCAUCGACUCCUCCACGCAGGACCACGUUCUGCCCAUCUGCAGGUCCAACUACAGCGAGACGAGCGGCUACAACUACAACAUCGGCCUCGCCGUGCCUUAUGACACUCUCGCUGACCCUCAGAGCUCUGGGCUCUGACCCGUAAUGCAUCUGUUCAAGCACGCUGAGUCAGAGGCUGCAAGAGGAAACUUCUUUUUAUGUUAUCUUAAACAGAGGAAGCUGCUUUUGUUUAUCCCAGUAUAAGAGAAACUGCACAGUGAGUUUCAGGUAUCAGCACAAGGACAACACAUGAAAAUACCUCUGCAGGCUUUUAGAGAUAUUUUAGUUGAUUUUCUGUUGAUUUAUGUAUUUUGCUUUUUACACUUAGUCUUCUGUAUAUAUUUGUCUCUCUGGAUAUCAAGUCCUCAUCUGUAAAAAGAUUACGAUUAUGGUUAAUUGUUAGCAAAAUUUUAUUAGUUGAAAAUAUAAAUGUACAUAUUCAGUCAAUAUUACAAUAUUAUUCUUCCACUGAAGUGUCAAUUAUGCUCAACCUUUUUUUUUUUAAUGGAAAAUCUACUAAACUAAAGCCCUUGAUCUCCACAUGGAUAACAAUUGUGUGUCCUAUAGCUCCUGAGAAGUUGAGUGUUUGGAAUCUAUUGCCAAACAAAGUAAACUGACUCAUUAACUUGGGUGGGGAACAUUUCUGUAAUAGCUUAGUUAAGGCUGGACAGAGUUCAUCUACACAGAGUGUGAUUAUUAGCAGUGCAUUUAGCAUAUUUAAAGGGGCCUUCCUUUGAUUUUUCAGAAUUUCAACAUGAUUUAACAGUUAGGGUGUAAACAAAGUCACUCAGUGACUCAGUGGUUUGUUGUGAAAUGUUCCGUUCUAGAGAGUCAGAAUUGCUCACAGUCAUGGUGAUAGGAACCAGACGUCAAAAUGCUCAAUGCCUUUAAAGUUACCUCACUGAAAAUGGUUAUAAGAAGCAGUUAUGAGUGCGCAGCCCAAAGCCCGGGACAUUGUUUUACUACAGUUUUGAGAUGACAGCAUAAUCAUGGAUCCCUAACAAGUAUUAUAAGUAGUAUAUUAAAAUAGAUUUAAAAUUAAAGGUUAAAAGGUUUUACUAUUAGUGGUAUUAAAUUUAUAGAUAAUGCAUAAAGGUUGAAGAGAGUUAUUGUGUAUAUUAAACUAAUUGAAAACAAUCCACCAACCAAAAAUAGCCAGUGGACAGCAGUCUGAAAGACCAUGCAAAGAAUAGAUAGAGCAGUUAAUGGAGCCACAUAGGGAAAUUGCAAACAAAGCACUAGUGACAACAACAUGUCAUGCAGUGGUCUCAAAUUAUGUAUCAGUGUCUGACUUUCAACGCUCUCACUCAUCUAAGCCACUUAUCCUCAUGGGUCAUGGGGGGUUGCUGGAGCCUAUCCCUGAUUUUCAACCAGUUCUGCUUUAAUAAAAGAGAAACUAAUAUACAGAAUAUUUCAGUUUGUGUUGAGAUCUCAAGGGCAGCAGCCCUGUGUAAGCUGGAUGAGCUUUGGGCUGAAUCUCUUAUAUUCUAGUUUAGUAUUUUUUUAAGCCGGUAAUGGCGGAGAGGUAUAUUCAGAGAGUUGUAAGACAAAAUAGCCUAGAAAAAUUUUUAAUUAUUAACUACUAUGUUACCAUUGUCAACAUUAUAUAUCAAACUCAGAAGACCGUGGACUGUAAGUAAAGUAACUAUAUUUGCCUUGUAAACAUUACAAAGUCUGGUUUCGGUCACCACCACUGACCUCACUGUAAAGAAGUCUUUAGGUUUCUCUACAAUGAACCUUUUCAUAUUAAACCACCCUGAAUCAGAUUGUUUACAUCACAAUGAUUGAACGAUGCAUGAAUUUUGAAAAAUGGGUGGGAUUCCCCCUUGACUACUAAAGCAGGGGUGCACGACUCCGGUCCUGGAGGUGGUUUACCGACUCAAACACACCCACAAAACCAGGUUAAUCACCUUACUGUGCUGGAUGCCGACCCUCCAGGACCAGAGUUGUGCACCCCUGUACUAAUGAAAGAGCUAAUGCAUGCUAAUGUUGCUAACAAUGAAUGUAAGUAGCCACCAGUUAGCCAUUUUCAUUCACUUUGGUUAGCAGCUUUAGCAGUAUUGGCUGAGCCAUUGCUCUGUAUCAGGUCCUGUUUAGAUAAAUUGGAAGCAAACCAUGAUACUGUGUGUAUAUAUAUAUAUAUAUAUACAGUCACAUGCAAA